UGCUUUCAGUAAGCACUUUAGAGCGAUUUUGUCUUAUCUUCCGCUGAGAGAUCAUCGAACGCCGAAGAGAGACCCGUUGAAGAUAAUGACGGACGUUUGUAUCCGAGCCGUUGUAGGAGCCAUACACUCGAGCCCAUUUCAGGCCGUCAUUUAUCUCUCCGGCGGAGCUUCGAUGGUAUUGGGUUCGUUGCUUUCAGUUCCUGGGGCCUCAAAUACGGUGCUUGAAGCUGUGAUUCCUUACUCCAGGAUGUCAACGAUCCAGUUGCUUGGCAAGAUUCCACCUCAGUUUUGUAGCCAACAGACUGCUGAAGAGAUGGCCUUGUUGGCUUACAAUCGUGCUCUUAAGCUUUCCAGACCAGGAUCCCCAGUUCUUGGUGUGGGUUUCACUGCUUCUUUGGCUACUACGCGUCCUAAGCAUGGGGAACACAGAUUUUAUGUGUCAACAAGGACAGCUGACCGUUUGUGGAUGUCAACAGUGACCUUGGCCAAGGGAUUGCGUACCCGAGAAGAAGAAGAAAGAGUCUCUAGUAAUCUUUUACUCAAGGCAAUUGCAAACGCAUGCAAAGUUCCAGCAACAUCUAUCUCUGAGCUGACUGAAUCUGAUGUAUCUGAUGAAUGUGAACAGCAAUUCAAUGAAGAUCAAGAAUUAGAACAACUGAUAAAUGGCCAAAUAUGCUUUAAAAUCUAUCCAUUUUGUAGUGAAGCUAAUGCAUCAGCAGAAAGGAAAAUAAUUUUGCCUGGUUCUUUUAAUCCAUUACACGAUGGGCAUCUCAAGCUUAUGGAAGUUGCCACUGGCAUUUGUGGUGGUGGCUAUCCAUGCUUUGAAAUAUCUGCAGUUAAUGCAGACAAGCCUCCAUUAUCGGUGUCUGAAAUAAAGAAUCGUGUCAAGCAGUUUGAAAAAGUUGGAAAGUCAGUAAUAAUUUCCAAUCAGCCUUAUUUUUAUAAGAAGGCUGAACUUUUUCCAGGCAGUGCCUUUGUAAUUGGUGCUGACACAGCAGUGAGGCUUAUUAAUCCUAAAUACUAUGAGGGGGAUUACAACAAGAUGUUGAAGAUACUCGGUGGUUGUAAAGAUACAGGAUGCACCUUUCUUGUGGGUGGUCGGAAUGUAGAAGGUGCUUUCAAGGUUCUUGAGGAUUUGGAUGUUCCUGAGAAGCUAAAAGACAUGUUCAUCUCUAUUCCAGUUGAACAGUUCCGCAUGGAUAUAUCUUCCACUGAGAUACGGAAAAGAAGCGGAAUGUAAAUAUUGGUAUAGUUCAGAGUCCUAUAUACUCACAGUAGUUAUUACAAGACUCAACUCAAAAAUAAUCACGUGUCUGUACCCAUC